AUGUCUUCUCUCAAUAGCCGUUGGGCUUUUAAACGGUCCUCUUUGGUGGGAAUUCCGCCGGUCGCGGGUAGCACGAUUUCUCGGAAUGACGCACUGAAUGCCAACCGUAGAAAUAUUAGGCGUUGUGAGACAGGCCUUACUCCUCGGGUCCAGGUGGGGGGGGCAUCCACCGCGUUCUCUACGCACGCUGUGCUGGAGUCGUCGUUCAAGGAUCAGUUUCUGGCGGUCGUUGAGCGAGUGUUUCGCCAGAGUAUGCGGCAGAAGGUUGAACUUCUUUUGGAGUUGUUGGUCCCGCUUAUCUUCGUCGCCGUAACCGUGAUUCUGUGGUCUUUGUGGGGCACAGAAUAUUUCGACGAGGUAAAUUAUAUUCACUAUUCCGACCUCUCCGUGUGGCUUGACCCGGCGCUGUACAAGACGUACGUGUGCUCCAAGGCGGAAGGCGGGGUGCCUGGGCUGAAGACUUGCAUUCCUAAUUCCAAGUUGGACUGCUCUGGGGACGAGAGUACGUUGCCGUAUAAAGGCAUCUGUGUUUAUGAAACUCUUGGUAUACCAGCCCUGGUGCAGGGUUUUCUGAAUUCCCUCACUGGCUACCUCGGCAUUAUUCCGACACUUGAUUCCCUUAUUAUGUUCCAGUGGCUGGCGCGCAAGCUCAACAAGGGAGGACCAUCGAUUUCUGGCUUAUUUCCCAACACGCGUGAGUCCGCCAUUCAAUGCUCGGGCCUGCUGCACUUUGUCGGUGACCCUGGAACCAUCAACGGCAUCAUAAAUCAUUUCAAGAAGGAUUCCGUAUACUUCGCCGAUGUCGAAGGUAGUGUUUUUGCCACGCUGGAGGAGGCAGAGGAGGCGGCUCGGGAAAGUUCCAAGACUUGGGG